AUGAAAAACGACCUUGUGAAGCUCCUGUCAGAAGUCCCUACUGGCAUUAAUGAGCGGCUCUCAACCCUUCGAAUAAAGCUCACCAAAAACCAACAGGCUACUAUUAUAAGCGCUUAUGCACCAACACUGGAUGCCGAUGAAGACAUUAAAGAAAUUUUUUACUGUCAGCUGGAUGCCAUCCUAUCAGAGACGCCUAAGGAAGAUAAAAUUAUCCUCCUGGGUGAUUUUAAUGCAAGAGUUGGGGGAGAUUUUGAUCUGUGGCCUGGGACUAUUGGGAAAGAAGGAGUUGGCAACAGCAACCAGAACGGAAUCUUACUUUUGACGAUAUGUGCAGCGCACAACCUUAUUACCAAAACACUCUUUUGA